CUUCUUCUUUAAAAUCACAUCUCCCAAUUCCACCAAAACACCUCUUUUCAAAUCCCCUUCAUGGAUACAGCUUCAGAUCUCAACCCGCCGCCGUACACGGCGUUGCCGGACCACCCACCUCCGUCCCCACCAUCCCGAAAACCCCUCAACUUCACUAUCGCCACCAUCGUCUCUCUUCUUCUUCUCGUCUCUAUCAUUACUCUGAUUCCCGAUCACACCCCAUCUCCGGCCGCCACCCAAUCCCCGCCGGCUAUCAGGCUACCCAGAGGCGUGGCGGAAGGCGUCUCCGCCAAAUCCUACCCAUAUGUCUCCGAUUCGGCCGGUUCAGCCGGUUCAUUCAACUGGACCAACGCGAUGUUCUCCUGGCAACGAACCGCCUUCCAUUUCCAACCGGAAGGCAAUUGGAUGAACGAUCCAAAUGGUCCACUGUAUCACAAGGGUUGGUAUCACCUGUUUUAUCAAUACAACCCGGAAUCAGCGGUGUGGGGCAACAUAAGCUGGGGCCACGCCGUGUCUCGAGAUCUCAUCCAUUGGUUAUAUCUCCCCUACUCCAUGGUCCCUGAUCAGCCCUACGAUGUCAACGGCGUCUGGACCGGAUCCGCCACAAUCCUUCCUGACGGUCGGAUCGUAAUGCUCUACACUGGCGACACCAUUGAUGGGGUGCAGGUCCAAAAUCUUGCAUACCCUGCCAACUCAUCCGAUCCCCUCUUAUUAAAUUGGGUCAAGUACCCGGGCAACCCGGUCUUGGUUCCUCCACCUGGCAUUGGCCCUAAGGACUUCCGGGACCCGACUACCGCGUGGCUUGGCCACGACGGCAAGUGGCGGAUCACUAUUGGGUCACGAGUCGGGACGACGUUGGGCAUUGCGUUGGUUUAUACUACUGAUGAUUUUAUUAAGUACGAGCUAUUGGAUAGAUACUUGCAUGCUGUACCGGGUACUGGUAUGUGGGAAUGUGUUGAUUUUUACCCGGUAUCGGUGGAUGGGUCGAAGGGUUUGGAUACGUCGGUGAAUGGAGCGGGAGUGAAACACGUGUUGAAAGCGAGCUUGGAUGAUACUAAAUUGGAUCAUUAUGCAAUUGGGACUUAUUUUGGGGAUAAUGAUACAUGGGUACCCGAUAACCCGGAAGAGGACGUGGGAAUCGGGUUGAAAUUGGAUUAUGGAAGGUAUUAUGCUUCCAAGACAUUUUAUGACCAAAAUAAGGAGAGGAGAAUUUUGUGGGGUUGGAUUAAUGAAACUGACACGGAGGCUAAUGACUUGGCAAAAGGAUGGGCCUCUGUCCAGACUGUUCCGAGGACGGUGGUGUUCGACAAGAAGACGGGCAGCAAUAUAAUCCAAUGGCCUGUGGAAGAGGUGGAGAGCUUGAGAUUGGGGAGCACUGAAUUUAAUGGCGUCCUUCUCGAACCUGGCUCCGUCGUCGAACUCGAUGUCGGCACUGCUACACAAUUAGACAUAUCAGCGGAGUUUGAACUGGAAGCGCUCGGAUCGGAGGAGGCUGCCGUCUCCGAUGAUGGAUGUGGCGGCGGUGCAGUGGAGAGAAGUAAUUUAGGGCCAUUUGGGUUGUUGGUUCUGGCUCAUCAAUCGCUUUCGGAGCUUACUCCUAUUUACUUCAAUGUUGCCAAUUCAAGUAAAGGGAGUCGCGAGGCUUACUUUUGCGUCGAUGAGAAAAGGUCAUCAAAGGCUACUGAUUUUUACAAACCAGUUUAUGGAAGCAGCAUUCCUGUUCUUGAGGGUGAAAAUUUCUCCAUGAGAGUGUUGGUUGAUCACUCAAUUGUGGAGAGUUUUGGACAAGGUGGGAGAAGAGUGAUAACAGCACGCAUUUAUCCAACAGAAGCAAUAUAUGGAGCGGCAAAGCUUUUCCUGUUCAACAAUGCGACAUCAGCGAAGGUGAAGGCCACUGUGAAAGUAUGGCAGCUCAACUCUGCCUUCAUUCGUCCUUUUCCUUGAACCCCAACUACAUGAUGAAGCUGCUGAAUAAGCCUUUUGCAGAGCCCAUCAUUUGGGAUUUUACUCUUUCCUUUGCGUUAGCCAUAGCUUGAGUUGCAGCUUUUGGCUAAUUUAUAUUCAGUUCGUUGUGUUAUUGAGCCAGUUCUCAAUCUGUCAAAAGCAGCUUUCAUUCAAAUUCAUGCUUCCCAUUCAUUUUGUUCUUUCUUUGACAGUUUUGGAAAUCUGGUGCUCAAUGUGAAAACUUUGAUUUCAAUUGAAAUCAAUCUCGAUAUCUAUUUGUACUUUUUGUAAA